AGUGGUUUGGCCCAUUGAUCAGUGCUUUGAAAUACUGAAGGCUACCAGAUUAGUUUUAAACGAAUGAAAGGGCUCUGUAACAGCACCUAGGAGUGACGAGACGUGAGAUCGACUUCUGCGGAAAUCAAGUCAGAAAGGUAUGAUCACAAGUCCUAAGUGUCCAAUCCCCAAGAAUGGCAAAGAGCAAAACAGAGCUGACUUUUGGACAUACUGAAAACAAAAGCAUCCCGUCAAUGUCAGAUGAAACCACAAUUGCAAUCUCUUUUGUGUGACACGAGCUUAAGGUUACAGCUAGUCACCUCAGGAACAACUGCAGCUCAACAUUCCGAACUUGUGCGCCGAGACAGACACCGUCUUCUCCAAAACAAUGGCUGAACGUCUGGAGGACCAUCUUAAAUGUCCCACCUGUCUGGACAUCUUCCAAGAUCCCGUCAUGCUGCUGCCGUGUAGUCACAACUUCUGCCGUGCGUGUCUGCAGCAUUGGAAGGACACAGGAGAACGAUCGUGUCCACUCUGUAGGACACUGUUUAGUUGGAUAGAUCCGCCUCCGAACUUGGCACUGAAGAAUUUGUGUGAGAACCUUUCACGAGCCUCAGUCAAGUUAGAAGAGAUGUGUAGCUUGCACAAAGAAGAACUCAAACUCUUCUGUUUGGACCACCAAGAGCGUGUGUGCCUCAUCUGCAGAGACGCAGAAAUACACACUGGUCACCAGUUCCGGCCCCUCGAAGAAGUUGUGAAAGGUCAUCGUGAGGAACUCAAGAAAGGCCUGCAGAAGGCCAAGGAAAGACUCAAAGAUUACAACGACUGCCGAGAGAGCUGCAAUGAACAGGCAGAGUACAUCAAAGUCCAGAAGAAGAAGGUCGAACGCAAGAUUAAGAAGGAUUUUGAGGAGCUCCGUCGCUUUCUUGACGUCGAGGAGAAGGCCAGGUUGGCAGCGGUCAGGGAGGAAGAGAGGAACAAGAUUCAAAGGAUGAAGGAGAAGAUCGCAGCUCUCGGAAAACAAAUGGCCACUCUCUCGAGUGUCAUCAGAAGCACUGAGGAGCAGCUGGAGCCUAGCAAUGUUUCUUUCAUGAAGAAGUUCAAGACUGCGAUGAGCGGGAUCCAAGAGAUCCCCGAUAAACCGGAGGAUCUCCGAGGUGGUCUUCUGGAUGAAGCCAAACACGUGGGCAAUCUCAUGUUCAACGUGUGGGAGCGACUGAAGGAGACACUCGUCUACCAUCCUGUCAUUCUGGACCCCAACACGGCUGAUCCAGAACUCAGUCUGUCCGAAGAUCUGAGCUGUCUGACUUUAAAAGAAGCACAGCAGCAGCGUCCAAAGAAUCCAGAAAGGUUCAAGUGGGAGUCCGUGCUGGGUUGUGCUUUAGACUGGGGAAGACACGUGUGGGACGUUGAGGUGGGAGACAACAAUGACUGGCAAGUGGGGGUUGCGUGGGGGGACCCUUGUUUGCCAGAGAAAAUGAAUAGUUGGUUAACUGCAUUUUGGGAUGGGAAAUACACAAAUUUCAAUGACCAAUUUGGAGAGUGGAAUCUGCCUGUCAAAGUGCAGAAGAUCCGAGUUAAAGUGGACAUGAAUGAAAGGUCAUUUUCCAUCUCUGAACCUCUUACAAACAUUGAAUUGUGGAAACAUAUGAAGUCUUCCAAUUGGCCAGACUUGUGCGGUAACACCAAAAUGUAUCCUUAUUUCCGGACGGCACAUAAAAUUCCUCUAAAGAUAAUCCCCAUUCCACCUCUUGUUACGAUUGCCAUCAGUUAGCCGUCAUGUUGACACGGGCUGAACAGCUUGAUUUUCUGCUUUUUAAUGUCAUCUGAAUCAUUCGUUUUCUUUUUCCACAUGAUUUGACUCUCAUUUAUUGGCCAGGUCAUUCGACGGGACUUUACUAUAGAAAGUCAAGUCGAAAUAAUGAAGCAAGUAAUCAGUAUUCUUUUCUCCCAAUACUUUUGGACUUGUACUCUUGUGUAUACUAUUUUUACUUUAAUGUGAGUAAUAUUUGGAAGUAAUGCUACUUUGACUUGAGUACAACUUUUGGCGACUCUCUUGGUAACAUUGAUUUACUUGCACUCCAGUCAUUUUUCAAAAGUACUUUGAGUGAUUAUAUUUGGAAGUAAUGGUACUCUUACUCAAGUACAACUUUUGGCUUCUCUCUUGAUAACAUUGAUUUACUUGUACUACUUUAAUACUUGUACUACAGUCAUGUUUUUAUUUUAUAAGUACUUUGAUUUUAUUUGAAAAUAAUGCUACUCUUACUCGAGUACAAUGUUUGGCUUCUCAUUACAGUUUUAAAAAUAAGACACAAGUUACUUGUGACUGAGUUAAGUUUAUUUUAAAGUAAUGCUAUUACUCACGUACAAUGUUUGGAUUCUCAUAACAGUUUUAAAAAUAAGACAAGUUACUUGUGAUUGAGUUACAGGAUGUUAUUUUAAAGUAAUGCUACUCUUACUCGAGUACAAUGUUUGGCUUCUCAUUACAGUUUUAAAAACAAAUAAGACACAAGUUACCUGUGACUAAGUUAAGUUUAUUUUAAAGAAAUGCUACUCUUACGUACAAUGUUUGGCUUCUCAUUACAGUUUUAAAAACAAAUAAGACACAAGUUACCUGUGACUAAGUUAAGUUUAUUUUAAAGAAAUGCUACUCUUAGGUACAAUGUUUGGGUUCUCAUAACAGUUAUAAAAAUAAAUAAGACACAAGUUACUUGUGAUUGAGUUAUAGUAUGUUAUUUUAAAGUAAUGCUACUCUUACUCACUACUCUACUGAUGACAUUUUAAAAUUAAAUGAUAAUAAACAUUUACUAUCGUAAUUACUUGAGUAUUCUUAUCACCGAAUACUUUCUGACUUGUACAGGACUUGAGUGAAUUUUCUGCAACUUGAGUCAUCAUAUGUUGAAGUAAAGUUUCAACUUUUCAGCUUGCUUGAGUAAAUUACAGGUAGUCCCCGGGUUACGACGUACCCGACUUACGUGAUUUCGACUUUAUUACGCU